AAUGCAGUUUGACUUUUCAAAGAUUGUUUACAAGCAAAUUGCAGAGUGCAUAAUCGUUCAAAAAGUUUAAUAAUCUCGGAGUUGUUUAUCGUGGACACAUUGAGAUUACUAAAAAAUGAGCUUAUUAAGACAAUGUAAUCUAUUGCUAAACUUAAGAUCGUAAUUCAAACUGAUUUACUCUGACCCACUUGUUGCGUUUAGGUUAUGGUGUUAUAAACAAAAAUAUGUUGGGUAUAAAUGUUUGGUUUUCAUGAUAAAUUCGUGUAUGCCAGACGGUAGGGAUGGAGGGCCCAGGUCUGAGCCUGUUUCAGGGUUCAGAAAGUAUUCAACUAAACACAAGUACACAAGGCUUAGAAGAAGAUGAAGAACAAGAAGACAUUAAGCGACGCAAUAAAGAGAUUACGGAUCUCUUGACCAAUGCAUUUGAUGACUUGGAUGACGAUAAUGACACCAGUUCUAUUAAUAGUACUCAUUAUCAAGAUAGUACUAAAGAUGCAGAAAGUUCUAAUAUAGGCAUAAAUUCCUCUACUCAAGAACUUAUAGCACCUAAAGGUCAAACUGUAUCUCAGUUACAAAAGGAAUUUGGUGUUUAUGAUCAUGUUAAAAAUUUGAAUAACUAUGACAAUACCAUGACAAAUCAUAGGCCAGAGCUAGAAAUUGGCCCUUCAAUGUCUGACAUACAACGAGAUUUUACUAUGUAUGAUCAAAUGGAUUCACCAUAUUCUAAAAGUAAUAGGAGUAAUGACAUGCAUAAUACCAAUGCAGAAUCACCUUAUGAAUUGGCAAGACUACCAAAUUCUGUCUUUCCUAGAGACUUAAGAACUCAAAUUAAUGAAGAAUAUACAUUUAAUGAAAAUUAUUCAUAUAAUUGUCAAACACCAGCUAAUCAUUAUAAUGCUCAAAGUAAACCUUAUUCAAAUAAUGGUUAUAUUGAUGGUUAUGAAAAUAAUAUACAAUGCAAAGAAAUUCAUGAGUUUGGUGCUGGUGAUAAUGUCACGUCCGAUCAUUUAAAUCAUUGUUAUAAGGCAAGUCCAAAUGGAAGACCAAGAGAUGAUAAUGUAGCUUAUAAAAAUGCUGAAUAUGAUAGUAAAGAGCAGUUAGAAGUAUUAUAUGCAGUUCGAAUGAGGGAAAUCAAACAAUUAACAGAAGAAUUACAGCAAUUGCGUCUAGAAAGAGAAGAAGAAAAAAAUCAGCUUAGUAGAAAAAUAAUACUUUUACAAGCAGAAAUUGAAAGAUCAAACAUAUCUAGGAAUCAAACACAACAUGCUUUGGUUGAUGCAAAAGCUGAAAUUGCUGAUCUUCACAACCAAAUAACAUGUUUAAAAGAAAAAAAUGCGGUUUUAGAGAAAACUAAUCAAAAUAUGACAGAAGAGUUGAAUGUUUCAAGAGAUUCAGUGAUAGAGUUACAACAAAAAAUAGCUGUAUUAGAAAGAGUGCAAGCAUUACAAACAAAUGAUAAAACUCAUGAAAAAUUUUUAAAACAAGCACAAGAGAAACAUGCAGUUGAAAUGAAAAAUAUGCAAACCCAAAUAGAUGUUCUUACAGACAAACUUAAUGCAAAGGAAACGUCAUAUGUCGCACUAGAAAAUAAGUUAGCGGACGUACGGCGAGCACACGAGACGCUUAUGGUAGAAAAAGGAGAUACUAUGAAUCGUCUAGCACAAGCAUUAGAAGAAAGUCAAGCACAAUGCCGUAAUCUUAUGGCUACAAAUAAUGCUCAACAAGUAAUGCAAUUACAAGCACAGAUUAAGGUUUUAAUGCAAGAAAAAGAAGAAACACAAAAAAUAAUUCAAGAAUUACAGAAUAAAAUAGAGGUAACAAAAAGCGAAAUAGUACAAUAUGAUUCAUUACUAGCAACAACUUUAGAAGAUGAAUCUGAUUCAAUUAGACAGCUGAAAUUAGGUGAUUUGCAUAAUAAGUCGAAAUCAAAACCGUGCGACGAUAUUACAAAUAAAUUGAGAGGAGAAUUACAAAGAUGUCUAGCUGGACAAGCUGUUAAAAGAAAAGAAAUAACUCGGCUAGAAAAUACUUUAUCACAGAAAGAAAAGGAACUUGAUAAAGCUUUAAUGGUAGCCGAUACGUGUCGGCAAGAAGCCGCUCGAUACGCUAAGCGUGUUAAUGAAUUGGAACAAGAAUUAAAGUCUGUACUUACAGAUCAAGCUUUAAAAGCAAAUGCUCAAAUACAAAAGUUAUCCAAUCACCUAAGUGAUGUAAAAAAACAAUAUGAGUCAGUGAGAGAAGAGAAGGACGAGUUGGAGAAAAAGUUAGAAGAAACUUUAGCCAUUAAUCAAGAAACGCUACAAAAAUUGCAUCAAGAAAGUAUAAAUAAGCAAGAAAAAGACGCCAUUGAUGAGUACAAUAAAGAAUAUUUAGAAAUACAUGCUAAGGCCGUAGAAAGAGUUAGACAAGAAGCACAAAUUGAAGUAGUGCAAUUAUCAGUGCAAUUAGAACAAACACAAAAAGAAUUGAAUCGUGUUAAGGAAUUGUAUAUAGAUGUCUGUAGUACAAAGGAACAAUUAAUAAAUGAUCAUAAAUCUGAAAUGAAAAUGUUAAAGGAAAAAUAUGCUAGUUUAGAGGAACGCGAGAAAGAUAUUGAAAAAUAUGAGCAUGACUUGCAGGCACAAGUAAAGAUAGUAGAAAAAUUAACAGAAGAAUGCGACACUUAUAGAAGUAAAGUUAUUGAAUUAGAGAAAGAUUUAAAUAAUGAAAGAAAGAAGAAGGAGGAAUAUACAAAGAAGAUUCAUCAAGAAAUUGAAAGAGCUAAAGAGGAAGCGUUAAAUGAAUUACGUAACGCUCAUCCUAAUCAAGAAAUAAGCGUUCUCUUGCCAGAUCAUUGUUCUGAACAUUUAGAAAAAAUUAAUCAGUUAGAAGAAGAUUGUAAACGUUUAGAAGAUAAAUUACAUGCUGCGGUCGACGAACAUAAAAAAUUAUCUGAAUAUCAAUCGGAAUUAGAUGAUGCUAGAUUAAAAAUAGCGCAAAUUGAAAUUUCUCAGGAAUCCUGGAAAAAGAAAUACGAAAAUGCGAUUAAUGAAAGAAAUGAUCUGAUCGCAAAAAUUUCUAAGCUUGAUUCCGAAUUAUCGAAUAUUAAAAGGAAUUCAAAAAUUGAAGAUUCCGAUGAUGUAAAACUGAAAGUCGGUCGAUACCAAGUCGAAAAUGAAAGUUUAAAAAAUAAAUGUGAAAAUUUAAUUAGCGAGAGGAACAUUUACAAAGAUAAAAUUUCACAAUUAGAAUCCGAAUUAACGGAAACGAAAAAAAUAAUUGGAAGUUUUGAAAAUAGAUUCAAAAAAAGCAGUGAAAUAUCACUGAGUUCAAAAUGUGAGUUAGAAAAAGAACUUUCUCAUUACAAAGAUUUGGUAACACAAUUAAGUAGUAAAAUAAAUCAUUUAAAAGCUGGAAGAAAAAGCGAUAUAGUUAUGGAACAAAGAAUUAAACAAUUAGAAAAAGAUUUGCAAGUAAAGGAUGAAGAAUUGGAAAAAUUAAAAGAUUUCGAAAAAAUAAGGGAAGAAAGGGAUCAACUUGUUCUAAAAUUGAAAAAUCAAGCAAAACAAUUUGAACAGUAUGUUAAAAAUCAAAAACAAGUGUCUGCUGAAUUGAAUUUAUCGCCACGCAGUUCAAGUGACGGUACAGAUUUUCAAAAGAUAAAAGAGAUAAUGAUAAAAGAGGUUCGCGAAGAGAUGGAACAGAAAGUAAUCGAGGAACUUAGGGGUAUAGAGGAGCAGCAUCGUGAAAAGAGAAAGGAAUUAGAGGAGAGAUAUAAAACAAUUUUAUUAGAAUUACAAACUAGAUGUAACGAAAAGACGCAGGAAUUGGAAAGUUUGAAAGAGGCAAUGCUUACAGAAAAGGUAAAAAUUCAUUCAUCUUUCAAAGCAAAGGAGCAAUUUGUUAGUCAAAUGAUUGAAACCAAACUUGAAACUUACUACAAAGAAUUAGUAGCACGAAAGUUGAAAAUCGAACAGUUACAGGAAGAAUUAAAGCAAAAAGAAAGUGAUGUGGAUGAGGAGAGAAAUCUUAUGGCUCAGGUAAUGACCAAAUGGGCUGCAGAGAUUAGAGAGAUAAAAGAUAAAGAAGCUGAAAUGAACGAAAAAUUGCAGCAGUUGAAGGAUAGCGAAGAAAAUUUAAAAUCGGAGAUAAAAACAUUGAAAGAAAAGGAAAAAGAAAUGAAAACUAAUAUCGAUACGUUAAAACAUAAAUAUCAAUCAGCAAAGAAAACAGCAAAUAAUUAUAAGGAGCAUGCGGAAAAUAAAGAAAAGUUCUUAUUAAGUGAAUGUAAGCGUAUAGAAGAAGGGUACAAAAGAGCCAUGAAUCAAGUACAACAAAAACUUGAAGCAAUCGUUAGUACUCAAGAGGAACAAGUAGCGACAAAACUUAAGGAACUUGAGUGUCAGUAUACAGAAAGAAUAGAACAAAUGCGACUUACACUGAAGUACAAAAAUAAAUGUUGAAGUAUGUAUUAAUAUUUUAGUAUGCAAUAUAGCUUUCGUAGUUUAAAAGCAAAACGUAGUUAGAAGAGGCUAGAUAUUUUUUAAUUUAAAGCACUUUAUUGUACAACACUUUAUUAGAAGAUUUUUAUUUUAGGGACCAAUAAGUUAAAAUUGAUAUAUGUAUGUACAUUGAUAGAUUUAUUAUUUGUUUGCUGUACAUUGUUAACGUGACGGCAAACAAUAAUGUAGUUUUUAAAAUGCGAAUACUAAAGUACAAUUCCCGGUUAAUUAAUAGAAAGUACUAAUUAUCAUAUAAAACUUAUACAUUAGUUAAAAAGAAAUUGAAAUUGUAAAAAGAGAAAAGAACCAUUUUUUCAUUUAUUAAUUUUAUAAAUCUAUAUCUAAGAUAUAAAAACGAACGUACUUUUCAAUAGAUAAGAUACAAAUUCUUAGUCGUAUGUUCUCAUUGAACAUUAUGACAUAAUAUUGCAAUGCAAGACUGGAUCUUCACUACAUUUUUUUCUUAUAAAAUAAGUAGAGUCUUGAUAGACAUUAAGACAAAUUAAAUGGUUGUAGAAAAGUAAAUAUAAUUUCUUUUUGACUUACGUCUUUGAGUAUUAAGAAAUUGUUCACAAUUUAUAUAUCUCGAGAAGAAUAUAGACAUAAUUAUAUUAAGAUUGUACAAAACGUGACCUUAUCAUAAAAAACCUGGCGUUGUGUAUAAAAGUUUACAUUCAUACUUGAUGUGCGAAAUCAAGUUACAUAACAUACAAUAUUGGAAAUUGAGAUUGAAAAAAUAUUUAUAUCAAUUUGACCUCUAGAUUCGUAAAUUUACGAGCGAGAAAAAAUUUAUUCAUUAAUUUUAAUUUUUGAGCACACACAUAUGAAAUGUUUCGUACAAACUAGUACACGUAAACAUUUUGUAAAUGAAUUAAGAAGCCAUAAUUUUUUCUAAUCUUAUAAUUUAUUAUGUAAGAUUAGCCGUGCGUGUAAUAUACUCUCAACAAUUAAAAACCACAGACUGCUGCGAUUAAUUUUGUUUUAUAAAACUUUUGAUACCAAUUUUAAAACUAAUUAUUAAUAAGCGUUCUCUUAUUCUAAA